AUGGUUCAGGUUGCUGAAGUUUGCGAACUGCGGAACCCGCGAGGCCGCGGAGCUGGGAUUCACAGAGGCCGGGCAGUGGGAACAGUGGCGGCCUUGUCACUUCCCAUCCGACAAGGACUAGGAAUGGUCCGACGUCUGCCAACAGAUGGGGGUAGUCCGCAGGAUCUGCACAAUCUGGGUGAUGAUGGCAGGAGGUGGCGAUCAAGGUCUCGGACUUGGUGGAGAAAAGAAGUUGAGAUGGUUGUGGCCACCGCUUGUUUUUCGGGAGAACACCAGAUAUAUCUGCAAAGAAUGCGAAUGCGUAGCUGA